AUGAGGGAGAAGUACCCGCCAAAGUCAUCAUCUUCGUCCUCAGGUUCAUCCACCAGCUCAGAGUCAAUAGAUACCCCUAUGUCGUCUUCGGUGGACACAUCGACGUCGAUGACUGAACAGUGGCAAAGUCCUUUUGAAGAGCGUCCCGUGUCCCUCCCAACUGAGGUGCAGGUAACCUCACGAGACGUGCUGCGAUCCUGGGCUGUUAGUGCUGAAAUACCCCACCAGCAUCUGACCAGUCUGCUGAAGGUGAUGAGGCAGAUGACGCCAGAGGAGCUGUACAGCUUGCCCUUGGACGCACGAACACUUCCCGGCGGAGCAGGCGAUCUGCCACUGGUAACGGCAUUGGGCGGCGGUGAGUACGUUCACUUAGGACUUGUAAAGUAGUUGACUGAGCAGUUACGUGCCUUUUCCAUGAAGGUGGGUGGAUAAAGAGAUAGUAGCUUACUUGGCCAUUGACGGUCUUCCUAUUCAUAAGAAGACCAAAAGAGAAUUUUGACCAAUUUUAGGCAGAAUUAUCCAGCCUUUUGUUGGUCAUAUUUUUGCUGUAGGAAUUUAUUGUGGGCAGGGAAAGCCGCCCGAUGUUCAGUCGUUUUGUAGACCUCUAGUUGACGAGUAAAGAACCCUUUGAAGUUCAGGUCUGCGUGUCGACGACAUCGACAGAACGCUGCAGUUUCGCCUGGCAGCCGUUAUCUGUGAUGCGCCUGCUAGGGCAUUCAUUAAGCAAAUUAAGAACGUUAAUGCAUACUAUGGUUGUGAACGUUGCUAUGUAAAAGGGGAGUACCUUGACAAAGUAGUUUACGACAGUGUGUCUGAGCCUGCUAGGACGGAUGAGGACUUCUUGACUCCUUUUGAUGGCAGUCAUCAUGUCGGUAUUUCUCCGUUACUUGUUUGUAAUGUCGGAAUCAUAAGUGCAUUUCCUCUAGACCCCCUUCAUUUAGCUUACCUAGGUGUACUAAGAAGGCUGUUGAACUUGUGACUUAGGAGCCCAAGGGAGAACGCUUUUAGGUUGUCAAGGGCAGCAGUAAGUACAGUUAAUGAAAGGCUCAAAUCACUGAAUGCGUACCUGCCGCGGCAAUUUUCGCAGCGUGCAAGGUCUCUAAAUGAUAUAGACACAUGGAAGGGCACGGAAUUACGUCAGUUUCUGCUUUACACAGGCAUAGUGGUGAUGCGAUACGUUCUUCCGCGUAGGUAUAUUAAGCAUUUUUUAUUACUUGUAGCUGCAGUACGCUGUAGGGUGAGGCCUCAGUCCUGCAAACAGUGGGUUCCCUUUUGCAGGCAUUCGCUAUGCAGGUUUGUUGAGAAAUUUUCAUCUUUAUAUGGUAAGGCCGAAGUGGUGUACAAUGUUCACAGCAUUGUGCACCUACCGGACGAUGUACUAAGACACGGUCCAUUGGAUAGUUUCUCGUCGUUUCCAUUUGAAAGUUACAUAGGCAAACUGAAGCGGAUGCUAAGGAAACCGUCACAGCCACUGCAGCAAGUAGUACGCCGGCUAGCCGAACUGCAAGGCCACUGUCAGGCGGACAGCAGUCAAAUGCAGUGGACUUUUAAGUAUGAGCAUUCUAAUGGCCCCUUGCCGGAAACGGGUGGAUGUUUUAGUCAGUUUCAGUUUAUUUAUAUCAAUAAUCUACUUCUUGGGACGUCGCCCAGUGAAGGAUCAAUAGUAAUCGAUGGAAAGUUAAUUGGCAUCCAAAACAUCAUCCGUUAUGCGUCGGGCAACGUAGCAGUAGUUUACGUUGAGUACGAUGAUAUAGAAGAUAAUUUUUUUUAUCCUACCAAUUCAUCGCAAUUAAAGAUUUUCAAGGCAACUUUAGGUACUGUACUCAAGACCUACCCACUUUCAUUAUCGGUGCGCAAGUAUGCCUGUUUUCCAAUCAACGACGACUACGUACUAAUGGAAAUCCACGGACGUUGGGACGCCGCGUAUCAGCAGUGCUUCGCAACCUAAGUACAAUCGACGAAAAGAUGAUGGCUUUGGACGGUAUUUCUCCCUCAUAUACUCAGCAAAAAGGUCAGUCGCACUGUUGCUCCCACCGUUCAUCGGUCACUUUCCACGUGUCCUACAACCCUACAGUCCCUGACCUUAUGAUACGUGGAUGGUGAAGGGAGGCAGUGAUUACCAAUAUAGCAUUCCCUACAAUAACCUACUGUUUUCUUGUUGGGUUGUAGAUCAUCAUGUCUCAGGAGUUACCUCCCGAUGAGAAUGAAAAGAACAAGAGGAAGUCGAAGAAUCCUUAUGACCCCCUAGUUUGGGCCCUGGGGGAGAUGCCAGAAUUGGCGUCGACGUCGGUAGGGCUACCUACUGUUUACCGAUUUUCGGUUUCAGGGAUCUGAAGGGGAGGCUACCGAUUCCAGCUCAACCAUACCGGGUUGUGCAUCUCCAAUUUACACGGGUAAGCUUCUAGGUACUGUAUGCGACUCGCGUAGGUCAUAACCGUCUUUUUAAUACACCUAGGCGGACGGGACGCCCAGGGCCUCAGCAACCCCGCCGGCGACGCCGGGCCAGUAUGAGGCAGGGACUGCGGUGGUUGAUGCAUUCCGUCGCAAUGCUAAUUGGUCAGGUCUCCGAGAUGCGUCAACAGCAGGCAGCAAUGAUGGACCUCCACCACGGCCACCGGGGCAUGUCCAGCAGCCCUUGUGAGUCCACCAGAUUCAAUUUGAGUCCGGUAGACACUCCGGAGCAGCUGGACGCCCUCACGAACGCCCUGGGCGAAGAAGCUUAUCGCCACCAACUGUAA